GCCUCCGGGAGCCCCCCCGCGGGGGCCGAGCGCCGCCUGAUUGGCCGCAGCGCGGGGACCCGGGGAAGGAGCCGCGGCGGCGGGAGGCGGCGGCAGCCCGCAGGAUGGGCGGCAGAGCCGGCUUCUUCGAGGUGGAAAUCCUUGAUUGGAAGACAAAGAAACCGCUAUGCUUCCUAGAUAAGGUGGAACCAAAUGCUACAAUUAGGGAGAUCAGAUUGAUGUUCCAUAAAUCAUAUCCUCGGUGGUAUCCAGCAAGACAGUCCAUAAAACUUGAUCCAAAAGGAAAGUCCCUGAGGGAUGAGGAAAUCCUGCAGCACCUCCCUGUUGGCACAACUGCUACCUUAUACUUUAAAGAUUUAGGGCCACAGAUAGGAUGGACUACGGUAUUUUUGAUAGAAUAUACAGGUCCAUUGUUCAUCUAUUUUCUGUUUUAUUUCCGCAUGCCUUUUGUCUAUGGACUGGAUGAGAGGUUUACAUCAAGCCCGCAUCCAGUAGUUAACUUGGCAUGUAUCUGCCAUUCUUUCCACUACAUCAAAAGGUUGAUUGAAACAGUAUUUGUUCAUCGGUUCUCCCAUGGGACUAUGCCACUGAGGAAUAUUGUGAAGAACUGCUUGUAUUACUGGGGAUUUGCAGCUUGGCUUGCUUAUUACAUCAAUCAUCCUCUUUACACUCCUCCUUCUUAUGGGAAAAAACAGAUAAAUUUUGCUGUGAUCAUGUUUCUGCUGUGUGAAGCUGGAAAUUUUUCCAUUCAUGUUGCACUCAGUGACCUCCGGAGAAAUGGAUCCAAAACCCGUAAGAUCCCAUAUCCAACAAAGAAUCCUUUCACAUGGCUGUUUUUCUUUGUAUCUUGCCCUAACUAUACAUAUGAGGUGGGGACCUGGAUCAGUUUCACUAUCAUGACUCAGUGUGUUCCAGUGGGGCUGUUCACCUUGCUUUGCUUCAUUCAGAUGACAAUCUGGGCAAAGGAUAAACACUGCACCUACCUACGAGAAUUCAAGGAUUAUCCAACUCUUCGAAUGCCAAUUAUUCCCUUUUUGUUAUAAUAAAAAAGGUUUAAUUUCAAUAUUGCAAAGAACUUCAAGAAGAAAAAUCUCAUAAACCUCCUGUCAAAUAAGUGAAAUAAUUUAAGGGAUUUUGGUGCAUGUUGAAUCUCCACUGGUGAGGGAAAUUGUAUGCACUUGAAAGCUACACUUCUUUACAUUCAAGAAUUCUCAACUCAGAAGCACAUUCAAAAAAUAAGGCUUCAUUGCACAGCUGGUAGUCAAAAGCCCCUACAGUUCACUGUAACCUGACUGACUUAGAUUUUCCUGUACUAGUCUGUUUAGAUUGAUGGAUCACAGAUACUGAGAAGUCUGUGCUGAAAAGCAGCUCCAAAUUUAGUGGUGGCAUUCUGCAAGACAUAAGUACAUUGGAACGAGGACAUACCAGCUAACUACUAGAGAGCUCAGCUCAGCCAGCACGGCCAGCUGGCCUGAAGACAGUUCCUUGAUCUGCCUUCCUUGACUUGAAGCAGAGAGUGCGCUGCCUGGAGGGAGGUGCUUUGUAACUAAUAACAUUACCAAAGAAUAUGAAUAGUUCCUGGAAUAAAGAAAUAGGCAAUAUCUCAAAUACCUGAUUUGGGUCUAUACCCUAAUUUGCUAGAAGAAUCUGGAGUAAGAAGUAUUUGUAGUGUUUAUGGACAUGUUGGGAUUUUCUGUUUGUUUUAGUCAUCUUCAUUAGUAAAUUGCACACUAGCAAAUAAGGGUCAGAAGAUCUGAUCUGUGCUCUAUCUAUGAUAUUUGGCUUGUUUUCAUAGAUCAAGUCCUUAUGAUACUAAAGGACCUUUUUACCCAGCAUUUUCUGUCAGCAUUCUCUGAAUAUUUUUUAAUACAUUUUGUAAAAUACAUGAAGUGACUGCUAGUCCUCAGAAUGCCAGUUCCCUUCCUAUUUUCAGAGCCAGGGAGAAAAAUCAGCUACACUUUGGACUUCCUGUGUUUUCUUUUUCACAAGAUGUUCAAGUGGGACUUAGUUGGGUUUUCUGGAAAUUGAGUAAAAAAAGACUAUUGCAAGCUAAAUGACAUUUUAAAGAGGCUAUUUUAGAAUAUGAAGAGAAUGCGUAGAUACUGUUUUGUUUCAUGAUUAAUUUAUUUUCUAUAAUGAAUGUAUAGAAAGAUUUUUGCAACUAUUUGUAAGGGUGAAAUAUGCAAUAAAUACUAGACUAUAUAUUGAAA